AUGACUAUGCAAGAACCACAGGGUCAUUCUCGUUUUCGCACGCGUGGAGGAGGUAAAAAGCGUGGGAAUAAUGCCCGAGGCUCAAGGCAUAUCUCAAAUCAUCCACGGUCAGCUGCGGCUAAUGGCAAUACUGAAGUUGAUGGUUCGUACGCGCCUUCAACCUCGGAAACACCUCAAAAUGUCACACCACAGAAUGCCACUCCGAGAAUCUCUGUGCCCGCAGAUACUCCAACAUUUGCAGAACUCGCGAAGGAUAAUCUGAUUCAUCCUGUCUUACUGCAAACAUUAUCGGAGGACUUGAAAUUCAACCACAUGACACCGGUACAAGCAGCCACCAUCUACCCGCUUUUGAAGGAAGGCUGCGAUGUUUUGGCACAAGCAAAGACUGGUACAGGAAAAACUAUCGGCUUCCUGCUACCAGCCAUCCAAAGAAUGAUGCAUCGCCAGGGGAAAUCGAGUAAAAACGUUUCUCUCCUUGUCAUUUCACCCACCAGAGAGUUGGCAAUGCAGAUCGCGGAGGAGGCACGUGCCCUACUACAGCGUCUGGAGCAGUACAAGAUCUGUAUCGCCAUUGGUGGUACAAACAAGGACACGGAAGAGAAACGCAUUUUAAGAGGCUGCGAUAUUCUGAUUGGUACUCCAGGUCGACUAUAUGAUCAUCUGAGUGGGGAAGAUAGUAGGGUUGCCAGCAUGCUACAAAGUCUUGACACGCUGGUGCUAGAUGAAGCCGACAGACUUCUGGAUAUGGGCUUUUUGGACUCCCUAAAGAAGAUUAUUCAGUGCCUGCCGAACAGGGCCGUCCAUCAGAGGCAAUGCAUGCUCUUCUCCGCAACUGUCCCGGGCCACGUCCAAAAAGUUUCCCAGCUGGUCCUGUCGAAGGACUAUAAGUCUAUCUCUACCAUCGCAGAAGGUGAACUGAGCACGCACGAGCGCGUCCCUCAGCAUCUCAUUGUCGUCCCUACUUUCUCUGAUAUGGCAGCUGGAUUACUCGGUGCACUACGACAAGAGCUUGCAGUUGUUGGCCCCGAAGCCUUCAAGGUGAUAAUAUUUGUGCCUACCGCACGGCUAGUAGACUUUUACCUGGAAGUCCUACAGAAAUCACCCGGUUUGCCGCCAGUCAUGUCCCUCCAUUCUCGAAUGUCACAGAGCAAGAGGACGAACGUUACUGAAGAGUUCCGUCGAGCUCAAAGCGGUAUCCUAGUGGCAACAGAUGUCAUCGCUCGAGGUAUGGACUUUCCUUCGGUAACAAACGUCUUCCAAGCAGGCAUCCCUUCCGAUAGGGAAUCCUAUAUUCAUCGGCUGGGGCGAACUGCCCGUGCAGGCGCGGAAGGAAAAGGCACCUUCAUUAUCACGUCUCACGAGACCUCAUUCGCAAAGCAAACACUAAAUAACAUUACGUUUGUGGAAACACCCGCCGACUUAAGCGCCCGCGAGGAUGUAUCGGAAAUUGCUACGAGACUCGAUCCAGAAACCCAAGCGAAAGCAUAUCAAGGCUGGCUUGGUUACUACAAGACCUACGUCAAGCCACUGAACUGGGAUACCGCCCGACUUGUCCGCGAAGCGAACGAGUUUGCGCUAAAUGGUCUUGGAGCGGCCGAGGUUCCACCGCUGCAGAAGAGCACAAUUGGGAAAAUGGGUUUGAAGGGCGUCAAAGGACUUGUGAUUGGCCCGGACAUUCGAAACUUGAACAUGCAGAAGCGCGAACGGAAUGGCGGCAAUGAGAGCGACAUUGGUAGCAGACAACCGUCCAAGCGACCUCAGAGGAGAGGAUGA